CGGAUUGGCCCCGCGGCGAGGACGGAAGCGGCCGGUGGGACCCGAGCGCCUCAAGCCCGGCCGCGGUGAUGUGGAGCGCGGGCCGCGGCGGCGGCGGCGGCGCUGCGGGGCCGGUGCUGCUGGGGCUGCUGCUGGCCCUUUUAGGGCCGGCCGGCGUGGCUGCCAAGACCGGCGCGGGGUUCGUGACGUGCGGGUCGGUGCUGAAGCUCUUCAACACGCACCACAGGGUGCGGCUGCACUCGCACGACAUCAAAUACGGAUCCGGCAGCGGCCAGCAGUCGGUGACCGGCGUGGACGCUUCGGACGACGCCAACAGCUACUGGCGGAUCCGCGGCGGCGCGGACGACGGGUGCCCGCGCGGGGCCCCGGUGCGCUGCGGGCAGGCGGUGCGGCUCACGCACGUGCUCACCGGCAAGAACCUGCACACGCACCACUUCCCGUCGCCGCUGUCCAACAACCAGGAGGUGAGCGCUUUUGGGGAGGACGGCGAGGGGGACGACCUGGACCUGUGGACGGUGCGCUGCUCCGGGCAGCACUGGGAGCGCGAGGCCGCGGUGCGUUUCCAGCACGUGGGGACCUCCGUGUUCCUGUCGGUCACCGGCGAGCAGUACGGGAACCCGAUCCGGGGCCAGCACGAGGUGCACGGCAUGGCCAGCGCCAACACGCACAACACCUGGAAGGCCAUGGAGGGCGUCUUCAUCAAGCCGGGGGCGGAACCCGCUGGGGCUCACGACGAACUCUGAGUGCGGUGGGCGGCCAGGGAGGGCCAGAGACUUUGGGGUGUGGAGGGAGUUCCCCAAGUGCCUUUGUGAUUAAAGAAUGCCCGUCCGUG